CCAGCAUAACUGUAGUUUGUGUAUUUUAAAACCUGAAACUAAUAAUCCUAUCUCACUCGUUAGCUAGUUGACGCAGUUUACAUAUAGCAUUGUAUAUACGUCAAUAUUUGUCAGUCAAUCGGAGCUGGCUGAAUUUCUACAGUGACUCCCGACAGUAUCUAGCUAGCUACUUUGCCGCUUUGGACGCGGUAUGUAGUCUCCUCGGACGCGGUAUGCAUUCUCCUCGGACGCAGCUGUGGAAGCGUUGCUGAGAGCCCAUUGGCUAUCGAGCGGCCAAUGGCGUGGGUCUUGAUUGAUUGGUCUUCCAUGGAGGAAUGUUCCGGUUCACUGCGCACGGCUGUAGUUUUCCUGAAGUGUUUCCCUAAUGUCAGAAUGACAGCUAUAAAAAUGGCGGAGGGCAAUAGAGAAAAGUGAUGAGGACGGGGCAACAAAUGAGACAACUAUCCUCAAUUUAUUAUAUUAUUCUCAUUGUUCAUCGGAUAUUCUCGAAAACAUUUAAGGUUUGGUGAGACUUGUGCAGAGCCUAGUUUGUUCUUCUGUUGAAGAUUUAGCUAGCUAACGUUAGCUAGUUUGCUAUCUGCGGAAGAGGCACAACUUCCAAGACAUUGCAGCUAAAAAAACAAGCAAUGUUUUUGAGCUGAUUUCGUGAUAGUUGGGGACUUUGUGUAAAUCAGGCAUUAUAAUUCCAAUAACGCAAGGUAUCAUUAGCUGGACAUAAACCGCUUUGCACUCUCCUCCGAUUUGGGCUAGCUACAGUAACUCAUUUAGCUAGCAAACAAAGUGGCGUCAACUGACUACGAAUUUAGGUGAUUGUUUAUUUUAUAACAUGGCUCGUUCCCCGGAUCAGAGUGGCAUUCCAGGGAUGCAGAACUUUAAAGCCGAUCCGGAGGAGCUGUUCACCAAGCUGGAGAGGAUAGGGAAAGGCUCUUUUGGAGAGGUGUUCAAAGGCGUUGACAAUCGGACUCAGAAAGUAGUGGCCAUUAAGAUAAUUGACCUCGAGGAGGCUGAGGAUGAAAUCGAAGACAUCCAACAGGAAAUAACAGUCCUCAGCCAGUGUGACAGUCCCUUCGUUACCAGGUAUUAUGGAUCAUAUUUGAAGGAUGCGAAAUUAUGGAUUAUUAUGGAAUAUUUAGGAGGAGGAUCAGCUCUGGAUUUAUUGGAGCCCGGUGCCUUGGACGAAACCCAGAUUGCCACUAUUCUCAGAGAGAUCCUGAGGGGACUUGAGUACCUGCACUCUGAAAAUAAAAUCCACCGAGAUAUUAAAGCCGCUAACGUGUUGCUAUCGGAGCAAGGAGACGUGAAGCUGGCAGACUUUGGAGUGGCGGGGCAGUUAACGGACACCCAGAUAAAGAGGAACACGUUCGUGGGCACUCCGUUCUGGAUGGCACCUGAAGUCAUAAAACAGUCUGCGUACGACUCAAAGGCGGAUAUAUGGUCGCUAGGUAUAACAGCCAUAGAGCUAGCCAAAGGAGAGCCGCCCUACUCAGAGCUUCACCCUAUGAAGGUCUUAUUCGUCAUCCCAAAGAACAACCCGCCCACCCUGGAAGGAAACUACUGCAAACCCCUCAAAGAAUUCAUAGAAGCCUGUUUGAACAAAGAGCCCAGCUUUAGGCCAACUGCCAAAGAGCUGCUGAAACACAAGCUGAUCAUCCGGCACGCCAAGAAGACGUCCUACCUUUCAGAGCUGGUGGAGAAGUACAAGAAGUGGAAAGCAGAGCAGUCUCGGGAGGACUCCAGCGACGACGAGUCGGGCUUUGGGCUGGAUGGCCAGGCAUCUGGAGUGAACGACUCUGGGAACGAUGCCUGGAUCUUCUACACCAUCAGGGAGAAGGACCCCAAGAAGUUCCUGAAUGGUGCCGCCCAGUUCGAUGAGCUGGAGAGGAACCAGGUGCAAGACAAUCCAGAAAGGCCUCUGUCACAGAGCUGGUGCAAUAUCAUUUCACCUUUGUUUGCCGAGUUAAAAGAGAACCAGGUUGAGGCAACCAAUGGCAAGCCAGAGGCUGUGGAUGAGCUGAGGGAGGCCGUUUUCAUGUUGGAGGAGUCCUAUCCUGGUAUCUCUGACGCCCUGGUGUCUGAACUAGUGCACAGACUACAGAGGUUUUCUCUACCCAGGGCCUCAUCCUCCCAGUGACACACCCACCCCUACAGUAGCAGCAGUCUGUCAGUCCAUGGCCUCUGACAUCAACAGCCAAGAUUAAGUCUCCCAGGAAGUUCUCCAUCACUCAUUCAUUCACCUAAAGCAAAGCCUCAGCCCACUUUUUUCUUUUAUUUUUUUUAUCUCUACUUAAGGUAUAUUGUCACUUUGCGGCCAGUCACGGGCCUGUUGGUCAGCUGCCACUUUGACAACUGCUGUAAGACCUUUUGGGCUCAAUACCUCCGAUAUGAACACAGGACCAUUGAUUCAAACAUUUUGGUGUGGCUUAUUCCUAAAAGGUCCUGAAGCCUUUCAGGGAGGAUCUAACUUUCGUGUGUGUGUGUGUGUGUGUGCAUGCAUGUGAGCAUCUCCUUUGAGAUCCUGUGAAAUGUGCGGUGGAGAUUGAAGCAUUCUUUUCAAAACUCAGGUAUCCUUCUUUUAAGUAGAUGGGGGGUCCUCUGGGAGAAUUAAGAGAUCUGUUGGGUGGCUGUACAAACUUGUAAAUAGGCACAUUUUUACAAAUAUUGAGAAAUAAUGGAGUGUACACAAAGGAAUCUAUGUGUACAAGUGGCCAAAUGCUUCUGUACAUAUAUUCUGUUAGAAAGGGUCAAUGUUUAAAGAGACGUGUAAAUGGUCAUAACUGAGAUUGCUUUGCCUUUAUUACUUGCUCUUUUGUAUUUCAGUCAUGGAUUCCCUCGUUUAAAUAGCUCAUCGUGGAUUCCCUCUUGUUUAAAUAGCUCAUCGUGGAUUCCCUCUUGUUUAAAUAGCUCAUCGUGGAUUCCCUCUUGUUUAAAUCAUACAUUUUCAAGGACACAUCCAUUCAAUGGCAAUUGCUUCCCUCUGUUGUCUUUUUGUUAAUUGAUACUUUGGCCACUUUUUUUUUUUUGUUUCGUUUUUAAAUGCUCUUUGACCUUUUUGAUGUCUCACUCCGUGACAUGGCUGUAGUUGCCAUGCAGUGCAGACCACAGAAACAGAAUCUGUCCAGGUGCACUACUUCUAACCCUCUCUAGUCUUGACACUGGAUUCUAUGUUGCCAGAGCAUCGAACUUCAUGAGACCACAUGGUUUCAUGACAAGAUGUCUGUUGGAUUGUUCCUCUAUCCUGUGUAAGAUGAGUGCUUUAGUUCUAUUGAAGGUUCACCUUUCCUCUUUUUUUUUUUUAACAUGGCAGUAAAUUAAACUACAUCAUCCCACAACAAACACGUCGUCUUUGGAACUGCAGUGGUACAAUCUAUUCAACAGCUUGAAUUGGUCAUUAUUGUACAGGCAUGUCUCAAUGCUACAUAAGACAACUGUCCACCUGAAGCAACACAGCUUGGAGCAUAGUACAACAGAACACUAAACGUGAAUUCCACACUAAGUUUAGUUGAAAAGGAUUGCAGAAGUGCGUUAUGGUGUGUUCAUACUAGUUGACGUAAAGUAGCAGAAAGCCAGCGGCCAUUAGGAAGCAUACCGCACUUCCCUGCUGCUACUGACCCCCCCGUGUAGUUUUAAAUGAAUGUGCGUUAAUGUACACGCAUUUCGCUACACCCACUAAACACGUGUUUACAUAAAGUUUAAUUUGAUGAAAAAUAACUCCUGUGACUUGGCCUGCACAGUAUUUAUUUAACUAGGCAAGUCAGUUUAAAAAUGGUGUUUUUUUUUUAUUUUGUUUUUUUACAAGGAUGGCCAUAGGUACAGUGGAUUAACUGCCUUGUUCAGGGGAACAGUGGGUUAACUGCCUUGUUCAGGGGCAGAACGACCGAUGUCUUUACGCCUUGUCAGCUCAGGGAUUCGACCUAGCAACCUUUCAGUUACUGGCCCAAUGCUCUAACCACUAGGCUACCUGCUGCCCCUAAUAUCCAUUGUAGCAAGCAUGCUACUGGACUCUUAACCUGAUGUCCUGGACCUUGAGUGUUCAAGUCAGCCUUAGCAACUUUAUUGCGAGUGGGGUGCAGUCACAUUUAAAAUAUUUUGAGCCAAGUGUUACAUGGCAGCAUGGACACAUUUAACAAUUGAUUUACAUCAGCUAAGUUAAUGGUGUUUGCUCUUUACAUGGGGUUAGAUACUAUAGCUUCAUAAAGCACACAGAAGUAUGAACACUGGGUCUCUUAUGGGAUUUCAACAGCUACUGGAAACCUUCUUUGUAUUCGCUGUGUUCAGACCAAUGUGAGAUGUCCAGUAUUGAACUGUUUUUCUUCUGAGUUUUGGGCAUUUGGGAUUGGAAACAGAAGUACCCCCUUGUUUUGAACCCACUUCUGUUGACCAGUUUUUCCAACAUUUGAGUGGACCCCUUUUGAUCUAUUUCCGUUAUUCCCCUCAUGUCACACAUGAAAGUGCCAUGUAUGGACGCCCAUCUUUGUUUUGUUUUGUAAUUUGCACCUUGUGGAGACAACUGUCCCGUUUCAUUCUUUGUGUUGCACUUUUUGUAAGCGUUUUCUUCAGGAUUCAAGUAAGAAUAAUGGUACUUGAGACCAUAGUUUUUUUUUUUCUUUGUCAUAUCUUACGUGAUUACUAGUAAACCUUUCUGAGUGUAGCAAUAAAGCAGUGGCGGCGUCAGGACACAUUUAUCAGCACAGAUAUAUUCUACGGAACAAGAAUAUAUUUUUAUAACUCACACAAGCAGUAUGUAUAGAAUAAAGAAUAUUGUCCUUCCGUUUGUUAUUAAAAUUGAAAUGUCAUUUUCUGUAACAUUGCAGACUGUUUAUAGUCCUGUAUAUAAUCAUUGUUCAUGUCACUCAAAUUCCAAGGUAUUGGGAGUCUUUGUAAGCUUUCAAGUGAUUAAAAUCGAAUGCAAAUUUAAA